AUGAAUGAUGAAGUUGAUGAAUUAGAAAAAACGAACCAGCUUCGAAAUAAUGAUUUAAAGAACUUUAAGGAGGAAAAGAAAGGUUUACAAACCGAAGAAGAACAGUGUAUUACACGUAUGAAAGACGAAGAACAAGAUCAAAUGGAAAAAGAAGUUGAAAAACAAAAAAUAGAUGUUGACGAACAUGGAAGAAAAUUGCUCGAUGAAUGGGAUCAAUUAAACCAAUAUGAACAACAACGAGACAGAUGUGAUAAUCAAAAAUGCGAUCUUGAACAAGAGAAACAAUCUAUUGAACGUGAAAAACUUGAAAUUGAACGACAAAUGCGAGAAACUCGAGAAUAUAUCAAGCAAUUAGAAGAAGCCUUGCAAAAAAAAUACAAUCGAUGCAAACUGGGCUUUUUAGGACAAAAAUUCUCUCAAAAAGAACAAGAAUGUGUACAAUUAAACAUUCAAGAAGAUCAAAUUAAUCAACAACUUCAAAGUCAAACACAAGAAUAUGACAAUGCUGAACGAACGAUGCAAGAUAAAACUAAACAAAUAGAACAAUUAGAAGCAGUUCUCAAAGCGAUGGAAGAACAAUUGCAUCGUAUUGAAACUGAUUUGAAAAAGUCUAAUCAAGAUUUAGAAAAUGAAAAACGACUUUUUCAACGAUUGACAUCCGAAUUAAAAACUGCUGAACGCAAUGAACGAAAAGCUGCUACUGAAUUACGUAAUCAAGAACAAAAACUCGUCCGUGAGGAACAAAACCUUCAACGAUGUCGGGAAAAAGAACAAGCAGCUAGUCGACGUCGUCAAGAAACUGAACAUGAAGUAGAAAUGAUGGAGACAGAUCUAGAAAUAGCUACAGCAGCUUUACUCAUCGCUGAUUUAGCUUUAACUGCGUUAAUUGCAUUGACAAUCGUCAAUCCUUUGGCCGGUAUGUUCUGCAUAGCAAUCAAACAAGCAGCUGUAACAGCAGCUCAACAUGCAGUAGGAAAAGCAGAGCAGAAAUUGGGAGAGAAGAAAGCACUUCUGGUAAAACGGGUGAGUGAUCAUGAAACUGCCCAAGCAAAUCGAAAGAAAUCCGAAGAAAUAUUAAAUGUCAACAGAAUUAAUCUUGAUACAAGAAAAAGUGAUUUGACCAAUCGAAAACAAGAUGUAGUUACAGAGAAAGAUAAAUUAAGUCAACAAAAAACCGUCGUCGAAAAUGUUACUCAACAAUCGAAAGGACUUCGAAAUGAACGUGGAAAAAUUCAAUAA